GUUGGCAAUGGCAGGGCAUAAUCGUGAUUGACGAACACAAUUACAAGAAACACAUGAUCUAAUCCAUAUUUUAAACGCGUACAUAUACGUAUACUUGUCUCUUCUCUUCUUCUACAUAUGUGUGCCUCCUUGUUUUCUUCUCACAUUCAAAUAUACCAUGGAUUUCCACCCUUCUUCACUCUCUCCUUUUCUCACUUCUAUCCCUCGGAAUCCCCUUCUUUUCCGGCCACCAACCUCAUCUUUCCGUCCACUUAUCCUUAUCUGAAGAUUCAAGGUGUUCAAUUUUUGUGGUUUGGAUUUUUUUUAAAGACUCUUUAUUUUGGUUGAGAGCAAAAACAUCUGUGGAGAGGAUAUGGGGCAUUUUUCUUCGAUGUUCAAUGGGCUUGCAAGGUCGAUUUCUUCAAUGAAGAAAAUGAAAAAAUUGAAGAAGAAUGGUGAUGGGAAAGAGGGUGUUAAAGCUAUGGCCAAGGAGGCCAAGAAAAAUGAGUUGAUAUUGAGGUCAUCAGGAACUGUUAAUGUUGAUGGCUCCAACAACUUGGCCUCAGUUUAUUCUAAGAGGGGAGAGAAAGGUGUGAAUCAAGAUUGCUGCAUUGUUUGGGAGGAAUUUGGGUGUCAAGAAGAUAUGAUCUUCUGUGGGAUAUUUGAUGGGCAUGGUCAGUGGGGGCAUUUUGUGGCGAAGAAUGUUAGAGACUUGAUGCCUUCGUUUCUUCUCUGCAACUGGAAAGAAACACUUGUUGAGGCUGCAGUUGAUCCUGAUUUUGAUUUGGGUUCCCAGAACAAGCUCCAGAGCUUCAACAUAUGGAAGCAUUCCUAUUUGAAGACGUGUGAGGCCGUUGAUCAGGCGCUGGAGCACCACCGCAAGAUUGAUGCAUUCAACAGCGGCACCACAGCCUUGACCAUUGUUAGGCAGCAGGGAGAAAAUAUAUUCUUAGCAAAUGUAGGAGAUUCGCGUGCUGUACUGGGUACGCCUUCUGAUAACGGGGAUAUGGUGGCAGUGCAACUCACCAUGGAUUUCAAGCCUAAUCUACCUCAGGAGGCGGAGCGGAUAACACAGUGCAAUGGGAGAGUAUACAGCCUGGACGAUGAACCAGGGGUUCACAGAGUGUGGCUGCCACAAGAAGACUCCCCGGGGCUAGCAAUGUCACGAGCUUUCGGGGACUACUGUGUGAAGGACUUCGGCCUCAUUUCUGUGCCUCAAGUCAUCCACAGACAUAUAACAAGUAAAGAUCAGUUCGUGGUGCUGGCCACCGAUGGGGUUUGGGAUGUUGUGUCGAAUGAAGAAGCAGUGCAGAUUGUGUGGGAGUGUCCGGAGCGGGGUAAAGCUGCAAAGCGGCUGGUGGAGCGGGCGGCUGAUGGGUGGAGGAAGAAGAGAAGGGGAAUAGCUAUGGAUGAUAUAUCAGCAAUUGUACUCUUUUUUCAUUCAUCUUCUUCUUCUUCUUCUCACCAAUUUGAACUUGUACCUACGCUCAAGUGAGAGUCCUCUUCAGUUAUAACCGGAUUCUUAAUUUUAAGAAUAUCAAUCCCAAUUUAGAUAGCAAAUUUUGAAUA